GUUUUGGAUUUCAUGACAACGACGAAUCCCCAUUCCACAAAAAUAUCAACCUCAAGAUAAAACACAGCCCGACACGUGUCCAAUCAGUAGACCCCAACAGAUAAUCUCAAACCACCACAUUAAAAUAAACCAAUGGCUCAUAUUCUUCCACGUCACCCUCCAGUAACAACUCACCUUUUGAUUUGAUCUAAGAAAAUUGAAGGAUUUUAUAUAGAAGAUAUUUUCAGCGUUUUUCGCGGUUUAGUAAACGAAAUUGAAAACUCGUUUAUCAUCCCUUCAACGAUUCAACUAAAAUUCACCUCAUUUUUCUCAUGAUAUUUUCAUCCCCCUAAAAAUGAGCUUGUUCGAGAAUGGAUGAAGAAAUUGAAUUAAUCAAAAAAAUGAAUGAAACAGAGUUGAAAGAAGAGAAGAAGAACAAUCAUGAUGAUGAUGAUGGUGGUGAUCAAUCUAAAGAGGUUUUUAGAUGGGAAAUGCUUCUACCAAAGAUUAAUGUUACUGUUCUUCUUGUUGAAUCUGAUCGUUCUACUCGAAGAUUAAUCACUGCACUUCUCAAGAAUUGCAGUUAUAAAGUUAUUGCGGUUUCUAAUGGAUUAAAGGCAUGGGAGACGUUGAAGAUGAAGGCAACUGACAUUGAUCUCAUAUUAACAGAAAUGGAGUUGCCUGCAAUAUCUGGAUUAGCACUCCUUUCUAAAAUUAUGGAGCAUGAAAUUUGCAAAAACAUUCCCGUUAUAAUGAUGUCUUCUCACGAUUCACGUAUCACGGCAAUGAAUUGCAUGUUUAAAGGUGCAGCUGAUUUUCUUAUCAAACCUGUUCGGAAGAAUGAGCUGACGAACUUAUGGCAGCAUGUAUGGAGAAAACAUGUUAUUAACAGGCCUCUUCAAAAUACAACAUCUGCACAAAAGAAUCUUAAAAUUGCCACCGAAGAUAAUUUUGCUGGCAAUCAAUCAACUGAUUCUGUUUCUGUGGCUUCCUCACAAAAAAAUGAUAAAUGCAGCGGGAAAUUGAGCGAGGCUCAAAGCACACAUGCACUGCCAUUUUCUGAUGCUGAGAAUGCAUACAUAGAUAAUAUGCAAAAUGCCUCUCAGAUGAAGUGUUCUUUGAAGUUAAGCAACAUUGAUGUGGUGAAGCAUGAAGAGUCUAACAUAAUUGCACGGGGAUCUACUAAGUAUAAUGAUGAAACAGGAGAUUCAAGGCUAGAACAAGAUUUCGGUACUGCUGAAAUUGAACCCAAAAAUGAAAUACUUAGAGCUGAGUUAAGCAGAGAGAACCCUGAUAUUGAUAGCGAGAUACGCAGAUGCAGUGAUGAACUGAUAGAACCUUCUAGAAGAGCAAUUGACUUGAUUUCCACAUUUGGAAAAUCAAACAUGCAAGCAAGUGAAUUUUCUGGCAGCUCAUGCAAACAAGCAAGUGAAUUUUCUGGCAGCUCAUGCAAACAAGCAAGUGAAGCAUCUGAGGAACGGCAAAGAUUGAAUCACUCAAAUACUUCUGCCUUUUCCCGGUAUGAUGGUAGUAAGAUGUCGCGGCCACUUUUUCAGAACCCCAAUUGGAAUUCUAAUAAAUCUCAUGAAUUAUCUCUAGUAACUGCUGGUAAUUGUUUUCAGUAUAGUGGCUUAAUUAAAACAGAGGAUAUGACUACUUCUGUAAUGGCUCAGAAUGGACAACUUGCACCAAAAUUAUUUAAUAUUGGACUCUUAGCUGAUAAUAGGUGGACUCCUAAAUUAAAUUGCCAAAGAGAGAGCUCUCCCUUUCCCUCGAGUUCCUCCUCCCAGUCCAAUCCUGAAAGUCACAAUUCAGACCAUUGUCAUAAUUGCUCUUAUGAUGUUAACUUCAGUUUUCGUAAUCAAGAUGUUGUUGAAAAAAUUGAUUUGGAUCAUGUAGUGCAUGAUUCCCCUACAGCUGGUCAGGAUUUUCAUAAUGAAUUAUGUCAUGCUUCAAAUCAUAUUAAUGGUAGUGGUAAUGUUGCAAGGGCUGCUUCAAAUGCGGUUACUAAAAACGCUUCAAAUCAUAUUAAUGGUAGUGGCAAUGUUGGAAGGGCUGCUUUAAAUGCAAAGAACUCAAGAAGUUCUAGUGAUGACAGGCGCUACAAACAUGAUUAUUAUGAUUAUGCUGAUGAAUUUAGAUCGAGUGAUUCUCAAAGAUCCAGUCAAAGAGAAGCAGCUCUAACAAGGUUUCGAUUAAAACGAAAAGAGAGAUCCUUCGGGAAAAAGGUUCGAUAUGAGAGCCGGAAAAAACUGGCAGAGCAACGCCUUAGGGUGAAUGGGCAGUUCGUACGAAAGGUACACAAUGAUGAUCAUCCAAACGCAGAUGCUAGUGGUGGUGAUCAAUGAACUUGCUCUUUUUUACUUACCUUGGUAUAAAUUACCGUUGACUUUAGCACAAAUUUUUUCUCACAAGGAUUAGAUGAGGGGUGAAGUGUGUACAGUGGAAUAAUCUUUUCUUUUCUUCUUUUUUUUUUCUUUCUUGAAGCAUUACGCAGUCCUAAAAGCAGUAGCGAGAUAACUAAGGAGAUAUUGUUAAAUAUUCCUAGUGUUUUCUUCUGGCUUUUUACUUCUGAUUGCUGCAUUUAACUUUUGAAUUGUAAAUAUUUAGUGGGAUUGCUCUGAAGUUUGAUUUCAGCUGUUUAUAUACUUUCUUGGUUAAACACUAUUGUGAUCAGGUAAUUAUGUAGGUUUUACAUUCAUUUUGAAAAUGUUCAGUUAAGCACCUCUGUUUUCGCAA